CGUCACCUCGCCCCACCUCGUGAUUUCUAAGCGGCCGUCAGCGAUUCAUGGCCGAUUGAUUUGCGAUGAUUAUGCAACCUGGUGUUGCCGUUGUGUCUUCGGGUCCGUUUCCUAACGAUAUUCGUAAGGCAUACCCUCCAGGUAGAUACCUAGUUUUGGCGGGUGGAUGGCAGAAUUGGCUGACGUCCAACAUCUCAUACUGGAGCCGGUCCCAUAUUUGUGCCUGAGGCAUUCAAUAUGAGCCCGGACCACAUUCCACUCCCAUGCUUUCUCCGUCGUCCAACACCGUAAUGUAACCAGCCAUAUCUUGCCACGAGGAGCUACGCAUACCCCCAAACAUCAGCAUCCACCCCCACACGAUGACAGCAGAAGACUCCAUCACCGACCCCCUCCUCCUCUCCGUCCUCCAAGCCGCAGCCGAAGCCCGAAACCAAAGCCUCGCCAUCCUCGCCCUCAUCAACGACCACCACGCCUCCCCCUCCCCCGAACCCCCCACCGACAACACUCUCCAGCACAUCUCCAAACAGCAAAAACUCCUCCACACCCACCUCGUGCGCCUGCGCGGCCUCAACCGCCAAGCCACCCUCGCCGUCCGCACCACCAAACAAGCCACCGCCGAAGCGCGCCACGAAAUCGACACCCUGCACCUCGAGCUGCAAAACCUGUACUACGAGCAGCGGCACCUGCGCGGCGAGAUCGCAGCAUGUGAAUCCUACUCGCACCCGCACGAGCAGAUUUCGCUCAUUGACGUGGAGGAUUUCCUGACGCUACAUCCGGAGUUUCGGAGUGCGAGCGAGCACGAUGUUACUGUGGCGCGGAUUCGGGAUGAGCAUGCGCAGCGGGUGGCGUUGGAGGAGCAGAGGCUCGCGCUGGUGAGGAGGAAGGAGGCGUUGGUUAAGGAGACGGCGGGGAAGAAGGAGGAGUUGGCGCGCUUGGAUGGGGAGAUGGAGAAGUGGGUGCAUGGGCAGGAGGCGGUGAGGAAGCUGUUGGAGGCGGGCGAGAAGAAGUCGAGGGAGGCGACGGCGUCGACAGAGUGAGAGAGUGUGUGUGACAACUCUCCCUGGGUUGAUCAGUAAAGGAACCUAGCGCAUGCCAGACGGCACUCCCACCAGCACCAAGCGCCCGCCGGCGAAAUAUCUGCCCCUAGGUGUAUGAGUAAGGUAGAGAGAAAGGAUGCUCGAGACUGAUUCUCGUCCAACAUGACGUUCGAUUCAACAGAGUAGUAGU